UUUUAUAGUUGCCUUUGCCGGAUGUUGCGUAACAGAAGAAGCGCGAGUUUUCCGGAUGCGUCUGACGUCACCAUGCGUUUGUUGUAAACAUGGCGUCUGUGACAACAGCCACUUCUGAGUGGAUUCAGUUUUUUAAAGAUGCAGGGAUCCCAGCUGGUCUUGCCGUCACUUAUGCAGUUUCCUUUGUUGACCACAGAAUUCAGAAGAACAUGCUGAUGGACCUCAGUAAAGACAUAAUGAUGGACCUUGGCAUUACAGUCAUUGGUGACAUCAUUGCCAUUCUUAAACAUGCCAAGCAAGUCUACAGACAGGACAUGUGCAAAAUGGCAACUGAGGCCAUCUCCUCUGGACAGACCAGUGUUCAAGCAGAACUUAGAAGAACCGCCAAUACUCCUGCUACUCGUAUGAUUGCCAAUGCCUUGAGCCACGAUUCACCACCAGCCACACCAGCUCGCCGAACUGACAACCGCCUCUCCGUUACAGUGUCUAACACACAAGCAAACAAGAAUAACAAAGCAGUUGUAAGCCAGCCUGCUGAUGAGGGGAACUGUUUGUCCGCAAUGAAGCGGCGACGUGUGACGGCAGAAAUGGAAGGCAAGUACAUCAUCAACAUGCCCAAAGGCACCACUCCUCGUACACGUCGAAUCCUAGCCCAGCAGGCCAAAAAAGGUUUGAAGCGUACCUCUGUAUUUGAAAGACUCGGAGCUGAAUCGAGGGCAGACACAACAAAUAACAGCAAGCCCACUGGCGUGUUCAGUCGCCUCGAUGGAGGGGAUGAAAGUGAAGACACAACAAAGCCAGGAAAUAUAACUGCAAACAUAAAUAAAGAUGAUGAGGAUGAUAGUGAUGGAGAAGGCUCUGUCCUCCAGUAUGCCGGUGUCCUCAAGAAACUUCCUCCAUCCCAGAAGAAAGAGCUGGCCACAAAAGCAGCACCAACCACCCUGCGACGUCUAGGCAGCAAAUUUAAACUACCUCCCUCUGAUUCUCCCACAUCCUCCUCUACCUCUUCCCAGAAUGGUGUCCCACCUGCUAAGAUGAGUGUUCUUCAGAGACUGGGCAAGCUCCCCGCCACAAAUGCUGCUGUGUCUUCAACACCCGCUGACACACAGGACAACAGGGUGACCAGCACUAGACCCAGAGUACAGGAAAGAGCCACUAUAGCAAGCUCCAAGGUCAGCAGCAGCACUGGGGCUGGGGGAGCAGCAGCAGCAGGAGAGUCUGGGGGGGCUAAAAUGGACGUCAAGGCUGUCAGUGUUUUUAAGCGACUGGGCAACAAGAAAACCUAACACACUUGGUAGAAAUGAUAUUUUCUUUCUAUACAUUCUGUAAAGUGUUUUAUCCACACCUUUCUUGCAUUUACCUUGUUAUAUGCGAGACUGCAAAUGAUUAUUUACUGGUUUGUUUGUUUAGUUUGGUCUUGGCCUGGGUGUAUGGAAAGUUCAAAUGCAGCUGCUAUUAAAAAGUCAUUUAUUUAGUGUAUAUUUUUCUAAUAAUGAAGACUUGCUGUGUUUUGUUGUGCUACCAGUAGGCUAUUUAUCAUGUCUCAGUCAUAUUUAGUCAUAUCUGCCAUUUACUGUAUGUUAGAAGUAUGUAGUUUACUAUAUUUGUGAGCUUAAGGUAUGAGCAUGACAUGAGCUGCCAUGAUGGUGGUUUUAAUUUUCCCUGGUAACUCGUCAUGUAGGGAUUCUGCUGCCUAAACUUCCCUUUUCUGAGAUUCUCUUGGCUAAAUAUAGUUGAGCAGUAGAAAGUGCUGGUCCUCCUAUUCAAAUUAUGAUAUCUUUUUCUUUUUUAAUUGCUGCUUGAAUUCUGCCUGAAUGUUAAAUAGUUCUCAAAAAUAUUAAAUGUAGACGUUAAAUACAUAGGACAGCACACAGACACCAGACGAAGAGGACAUAUAUAUAUAUAUAGAUAUAUAUAUACAUAUAUAUAUAUAUAUAUACACACACACACACACACACAGAGGCAAACAGGAAACAGAUGACAAAGAUCAACCUCAUCAAACACUUCCAACUUCUCCACCACAGUACAAAGUAUUUUCUAUCAUCUACUUGAAAACCAGGUUGGUAGAAUAUUACUUAUUUUAAGAUGCACUGUAUAGAUUUGGUAGUCUUGAUUUCUUUUCAGAACAGAAUCUGUUCUGAUGCUUAUUUUUCUAUGUGGACAUUCUACUAUUGUGUCCAAGUAAAGAACCUCAGAGGUGCCAUCAGGCUUGGUGUCAGGGGCCACUGUACUUAAGCUCCAGUACUUGACUCAACCUAUUUAUGUGUCAUUCACGCCAGAACUUUUCACACUGUAAAUAUUUAGAAAUGUUUUUUAUUGCUUUUAGACACAAAAAAGAGCAAUGUUUAACAUUGAGGAAAAGAUGUUCUAAAUUUUGAACAAAAUGUGCUUGAAAAACGAUUAAAUCAGAGAUGUUUCCA